AUGCUCAGACAACUUUCCUGCCGGCCCCCGUGGACUAGGAACGUCCGUCUUUUCGACUCCCUCCCACCCGCCAUCCGCAGUCACCAGUAUGCCGGUGCCAGCAGCCGACCGGUGAAGCUCAACGCAUCGCUGAUGUCAUUCCAGACCACCCGGAACACCGUCAGCCUCUUUAAUGGACUGGAUGGUGCCAUUCCGGAUGCAGAUGUCACUUUCUUCAAUGAAAGUGUUCUCAGGCUUCGGCGUGCUCUUCAUAUCCGUGAUGUAAAGCGCGUAUGGGAGUGUUGGUCGCAAUUGAGGGACAGGAAGCUCCUGAAGCUACUCGGACCAGAAUUACAGAGCUACUCUCUGCAACUUUCCAAGCUCUGCCCUCGCACAGCGGAAGUGGGACAGGCGCAGAAACUCAAAACCAUCGAAACUAUGGCGUUGUACUCCGCAGGGCGGGGUGCCGUUGCUGCUCUUGCAGCUUGUAUGACUGCAUAUUUGCAAGUAGGCAACUCUCGCGCAGUUAUGGACCUCUUCGACAGCUAUCUGAAUGAGCUCCACGAGUGUCGGGGAAAUCCUUUGCCAUCCGACGUCCUUCCUGCAGAAGGACAGGGAGAAGAAGACUUAGAAGACUUCACCUCAGGGCCUUCGUCCGAUGCCUCCCGGCAAAUUCCAGUUCCCCACACUAUCCUCCUCGCGCUGAUCACUGCUUUUGCCAUUGACAACGCUUUUCCCGCUGCCUUGCACGCGUAUCUGCAAUUUCCGAGGAAAUUUCCGAAAGAUAUGGUAAAGCAAUUCCUGUCGCAAUUCUCCGAUUCGUCUCUUUGCUCCAAAGUGGAGAGUUAUGUCCAACGGCUACAUAUAGCAAGAUAUCUGUCUCAGCCUCGUCUUCUCACGUAUCGCACGUCUCUGCUUGCAAGCAACUCGGACGAUACAGGGCUUCAGAGGCUGUAUAACCAGGUCAUCGAUGGGCUCGGUGGUGAAGAAGCGUACAUCACUGUCCGUCCAGCCGAGCUCACCGAGCGUAAGCCCGUUGCACUAGAGGAAAUAAACUGGGCAGCAUUCUUGACAGCCUUUCUCAAGUGCAAUCGUAGGGAUCUCGGCGUAUCGUUAUGGAAUGACAUGUUAAGGUUUGGCGCCAAACCGACCGCCAUAUCUUGGACGGCACUGCUGGAUGGAUAUGACGGCCUGAAAACGCCGGAGGACGCAGAAAAAGCAUGGAACGUUAUGACUGCCCAUGGUAUGGAGCCAUCCGCGACGACCUAUCGUGCCAUCAUAUCUACGUUUUUCAACGCUCAUGAACCAGCCGGUGCUCUCCGAUAUUUCCAGCUUUUUCAACAGCGGCUUUCAGAAGGGUGGGAGGCCGACAUAGGGGAUUGCGUAGCGGUAUACAACACAGUUCUCCAUGGCCUUCUUAUCAAUGGUCGCAGUGGGGAUGCCCAUGCGCUGCUACAGCACCUCCGGGAGAAGGGACCCAAACCUGACAUUGUCUCAUUUAACACAGUCCUGCGCUACCAUGGUCGCCGAGGUGAAUUCCGCCAUGUGUCUCGUAUCCUGGACCAAAUGAGCGAGGAUGGCCUUACUGGUGACGUCUACACCUUCUCGACUGUACUUUCGUCGCUGCUUAAGAUUGGGAGGACGGACGCGACGGACCUCAUUCUUAAUCUUAUGCGAAAACAAAACAUUGAGCCGAAUGCUGCUGUUUUCUCAGCCAUCAUCGACCACCAAGUUCGAGAAGGAACGGAGCAGGAUUUACAGGCAGCGAUGGAGCUUCUCCGGCGCAUGGAGCGGUCUCCAGAAGCGCGGCCAAACGAUAUAACGUACACGAGCAUCUUGGCAGGAUUGCACCGCCAGCAUUGGGUGAACACAACAUUUACACACGAGUGUAAACGUUAUGUUCUUGGGCGGAUGAAAGAACGGGGAAUUCAGUUUAACCGUACGGUCUACCACAUCUUACUCAAAGCGUGUUUAGAAAACCCGGCGCCGGAGGGACUCCAGGAGGCAAUGGGGUAUUACAAGGAGAUGGUGAAGAAGAAAGUUUCAUUGAGCUACGAUACGUGGUAUGUGCUAUUACGAGGGCUUAUCAGCAGGGAGGCGUGGGACGUUGCAGAUGAGUUGGGUCAGAAAGCGAACGGCUUGGAGGAAGAGGUUAGGACCUAA